AUGUCAGGGCCUGCGCUGGGCAAGAUUAAAGUGCCUGUGGUGAGUCUCUUCACUGCGGGUGUGCUGCUUUCUCAACUUAUCGCUCCGAAGGACAAACUACGAUUUAUCUUUGGCCUGGCGGAUCAAGACGAUAGCCACACUUUGGAUGAAUUUCAAUUCGUGAAUUUCAUCACCGCCUUCGUGCGGGGCCUUGGGUCAGCCUUUGGCAUCGUCAACAAGGACUCCAUGCCAUCAUUAGAAGUCAUCCGUGAGCUGGGCCGAAGGCUCUACGAUCGCAUCUCUGUGAUCGCCGCAGAGCGUCUGAAGUCCAUGUCGCAACACGAUGACAAGACCCGGGCCAUGCUGAUCCAGGCCAUCAAAGACCGGCAGAAGAAGUUGGAGAGGGUCACCAGCCUGGAUCUUGAUGAGGUGGAAGGGGGCAUGCCCAAAUAUGGGGACAAUGUGCCACUGCGACAAGUCCUGAACUACAAGACGGUGGAGGCCUGGUGUUUCCGCGAGUUCAAGGAUCCCCUGGCCUUGCCAUAUGCCUUGGCCAUCGAACGCUUCUGUUCUCGUGGUUCCGGGGCGGAUCUGUACCACCUGAAAUCGGAGGAGUGGUUCUUGUCGCACACCCGUCCUGUGGAGAUCCCGCAAGAGGAGCGCGACUCGGUUGACCACCAUGGUUGGUCCAAAUCCUUGACGCGGUAG